UUCGCGUUUUAGCUACAGUGUACUUUUGUUUUGGUUACAAACUUGUGAAGUUGUGUAUUCUCUAUUGAAUUUUUACAUUUUACUUUUUUAAUAUGAAUACUUACUAGUUAGUGAGUUGCAUGUAAAUCAUAAACUUAUUGAAGAAACAAAUGUAUUAAGUUAUUAAUUUGUUAUUUUUAGUGUAUGUUGUACUAUAUCAUGUAAAUUGUAAUUGCGCUUGAACAGCCAGAAGAAAAUGUACCUGUAGGUGUCAUGGAAAGAAUUUCAUUCAAAAGUUAUGGAAAACUACAUGCCAACAAGUUUAGUACAAAAAAAUUCAUCAACAAAAGAUAGUGGGCCAGAUACCCAGUCAUCAAAUUCUCAUUUAUUUGUGACUCCAUAUGAAAACUUUAUGAAAAAACACUUACAGUACUAUGGAUUUUGUACAGGCAUUAGUAGAGUUUUUAAUGACAACUACAUGACUAUUGAAGAAUGGAAUCAAAAUAAUAUCUACCUCACAGAAGAUGCAUGUACUUCAAAAAUUCCUCAGACUGUAGCAGGAAGUCAUCCAUCAGCUGUAUCAGAAUUGGAUGCGUCUUCCUCUGGUUUAUGUAAUAGCAGAAGAGAUUCUUCAAUUAAACAGAAGGAGACAGUGAAAGAUAAAAGGGAAACAUGUAUUGUUAAUAGUAUAGGAGAUGCCUGUAGAACAAAUCAAAUAUUCUUCAGUGUAAGGGAAGGAAGAAUGGUUCCACAGUUGACACAACCAAGGGGGCCAGCUAUUAUUGGAAUUGAACCUGGAGUUCAAAACUUACCCAGAUGGCCAGCAGAAAUGCAAGUCAUAGAAGAAAGAAUUAGACAUAUUCCUAAUUCUUUCAAUGAAAGAGAACCAUACUAUGUUUCCACUGGCUUGGAACCUCAGCCUUUUGUAGUUGGUGAAGCAAAAGGGCAGGUAGUUUAUUACUACAAACCCUUAACUGGAAGCUAUUUUUUACAGUCAAAACUUGGGCAUCCAAGUAGUCAAGAUGAAAUAGCAGUCACUCCACAGAAUUCUGAUGAUGUCACUCUUGUUUUUGAAUCAAGAUUUGAAAGUGGAAAUCUAGAAAAAGCUAUACAGCUAUCCCAGUUUUGUUAUGAGCUUUAUCUACGUCCAGAUCUUUAUAGUGAACGGCACAGCCAGUGGUUUUACUUUUGUGUAUCUAAUACGAGAUCAAACAUUACGUAUCGCUUCUCAAUUGUGAAUUUUCGAAAGCCAUACAGCUUGUACAGUUGUGGGAUGCAGCCUUUACGAUACUCAGAAAAAAUGGCUGAGUCUCAGGAAGUGGGAUGGCAUAGAGUAGGCAAAGAUAUAUCAUAUUUUAAGAAUAACUUGAUUAACGGAGAUGGAGCUACCAUGUACAGCUUGACUUUUUCAUUUGAGUUUCCUUAUGAUUAUGAUAGAGUCUUCUUUGCAUUUUGCUUCCCCUACACAUAUACUGAUCUGAUGGAAUAUUUGUCAAAGAUUGAAAAUGAACCAACUAAGAGGACUCUGUGUAAGCAGAGGUUAUUGUGUCGGACACUUGCAGGCAACCUUGUACCACUACUUACAGUAACUUCCAGGGCUUCAGACAUUGGACCAGUUAAGAAAAAAGUUGUCAUAAUUUCUGCCAGAGUCCAUCCUGGGGAGUCCAAUUCUAGUUGGAUAAUGAAAGGACUUCUGGAUUUCAUCCUUGCAGACUCUUCCAAAGCUGAACUGCUACGGAAACAACUGAUUUUCAAGAUUGUUCCAAUGCUAAAUCCUGAUGGAGUAGUUGUCGGAAACUAUCGCUGUUCAUUAACUGGUCGGGACCUCAAUCGUCAAUAUCAGUCUUCCUUAAAAGAAGCUUUUCCAACUGCUUGGUACCUGAAAAACCUGCUUACUAGGAUGCAGAGAGAUCAUGACAUAUUACUGUUCUGUGACAUUCAUGGUCAUAGCCGCAAGUAUAAUUCCUUCAUCUAUGGUUGUGACAGCAAGAAAGAGACAACAGAUCAACAGCACGUCUUUCCUUUCCUGAUGCAAAAGUGGGCUUCAGACUUGUUCAGCUUGUCUUGUUGCUGGUACAAAGUUCAACGAAUUAAGGAAGGCACUGCUCGUAUUGCCAUGUGGAGACUUGGAGUUACGAAUAGCUACACCUUGGAGGCUUCAAUGGCUGGGUCUUCAAAGGGUAAUUUAGCAGGAUAUCAUUUUACAACUUCUGACUAUGAAGCUAUUGGCCAUCAUUUCUGUGAAGCUUUAUUGGAAUACUGUACAAUUGAUGAUGUGAAAGAUUUGAAAGCUGGGGUUAUUUGUGAGAAGCUACAAAAUGCUGAUUCAAGCGACUGCGAAGAAUCAGACAGCUCGGAGGAGGAAGAUUUGUGUCUUAAAGUGAAAAAAAUAACUCUAAAGGGUCGUGGAUUAGGUGGCAAACCAAAAAAUGAAAAAGGAAUGAAUUCAUAAAAAGAUUAGAAAAAAAACAACCCAGGCAACAAGAUGACACAAAGACAAAUAGGAAACUGAAAUAUAUGACUAGUCAGCUUUGCUCUCUGUAGCUAUGGCUAUUGCUUUUCCUGGGGAUAUUAUGGAACAGUAAAGUGACAGUUGUGUGGAUGCAAUGUUCUGGAGAUGUGGGUCUUUUUUUCUUUUGUGGACCAUUUUUUUCUUAAAAAAACAUUUUCUAUAUAAAUUUUGUAUUUGACUAUAGAGCAAAUACAUUGUAUAAUUUCAUUUGUACUUGUUCCAGUGGGAGGUGUAAAACUGUAUUUACAUUUGAACUCCUUGUUUUAUGUUUUUUCAAGAGGUAUUUCCUUGUUGCUUAAAUUUUUAUACAAAGUAACUUGGCUGUUUAUUUUACUGAUAAUUUUUCCUGAUGAUUUUGGUGCAAUUAAAAAAAAUAUAUAUAUACCAAUUUUACACUGAAAGCUUUUGGUAUGUGUCAAUUAAUAGGCAAUGUUAAGAAUCUUCGGCAGUUAUUUUGCUUUAAUAUUAAUCUCAUUUUUUAGUGUGAAUCUAGUGAUUGCAUAACUUAAACAUAAUUUAGAGAUUGAUUUGUGUUACAAAAAUUAUACACCACAAGAUCAGAAAUGUACAUAAAAUUUCUUGUAUUCAUUAUCAUAUGAUCAUUUAUUUAUAUAAAAAUAAGGAUAAAUAAUAGAAUACCAAUUAACCAUAUUGUGUUAGCAAGGAAGAUCGAUUGUCAGAAUAAAUGAGACAUCACUUUGAUAUAGUAGUAAGAAUGAAGAUUCACGGUUUGGAUGUGAAGCUAAUACAAUAUAUUUAUAAGAGACUAAGGGUUUCGUAUUUAAGUUUCCAAAUGACAGAAAAUGAACAUGAAAGAGAUAAUGGAUUUCAUAUAACGUGUUUAAGAUGUAGAAAUCAAGUAUGGACUUGUUAGCUUUGAAUAGUAAUGUUUUAUUCCUAAAUAAAAUUGCAUUCAUUUAUAUUGUAAAAAACAUUUUAGUUUUAAUAUUUAUGUGCACCUAGUUGUGUGAGCCACAAAGUAGUGUGAAUGUUUGUGCUGAGUGAUAAUUUUUUCCUCUUGGUAAUUGACUCAGUUCCUGAAAUUACAUCUGAAUACUUCACCAUUAUUUCAGGUUGUCUUCUAAUUGAUAUGCAGCACAUAAAUGUGUUUAUUGUGUUUUUUUAAGUGGUUUCCCUUCCUAUUGCAUAAAAAAAUAACAAUGAGAUUAACCAAAAAGAGGAUUAACAGUAAUAUGUAACUGAAUUGUCAUUUUUGGCUUGUCUUGGCACUCAAGUGUAUAAAGAAAUUGUGGCUUAAGCUAUGAUUGUGUGAAAAAGCUUGCUGAAAAUGUUUUAUUAUGCUAUUAGUAAUAUUUAAUAUUGUUUCUAAAUGGUUGAAUAAUUGUUAUUUAUUUGUUUAUAUAUCGAAAAUUAGUUAUAAAAAUCAAAAUACUCUACAGAUAUAUCUUGUACUUGUUUCACAAGUAAUAGAUAUGUUAUUCUUUAUAAUUAUAAAAAUCACUUUGAUUGUUAUAUAACCAAGUGAAAUAAACACUAUAAAACUAGUGUGUAAUAGCUAAGUUAUAAUUUGUGAUACUUUCUUUACUUGGCUAGCAACUCAAAGAACCAGUUUGAGUUAGUAGCAAGUGUGGAAUACUCAAAUAUGGGUGGCAGAGUGUAGUCGGAAAAAAAGCUUAAAAGUUCUAUUCAUUUGUUGUUGAAGUUAAAAAAUAAUAUCAGAGGUCAGGCUUAUGUUUUAAAAAUUGUGUAUUGCAUUAUUUCAAAGUACAAUGUUCUAGGAAAUACGUAAACAUUGUAUAUUUACAAUCUCAUAAUUUUUAACUCAAAAAUAUUAUAGAAUAUAUAUAUAUUUUAUAAUUUUGUAACAUUUAUUUAGUGUAAUUCACAAAGAAAAAUGAAAAAAAAAAGUUCUCAGGUGGCCCACCUGUAAAAAAAACAAAAAAAACUGAUUUUUCAGAAUUGUUCUGCCUAUCCCAAAUUUUAGGUUUUUUUGCUUAAGAAAAUUUCAUUUCUUGAGAAGUUAGUUAUCCAUGUCUUGUUUCUCACAUGUUUGUUUCCACCUAUUUUCUGAUAUGACUACAUGAUUCCUUCCCACCCUUUUAUGAUAUGACAUCUGUUGUCUGAACAACUAAUAAUGAAGGACAGCUUUUAAAAUAGCUGUAGGAAACAUCAAGAUAUGAUUGUAUAGAGGAUGUUAUAAAUUAUUUAUGUAAAUCUAUAGUAAAUAAAGUCGUUAAAGCAGUAAUUUAUAGUUUUAUGGAAAAGUGACUAGACAAGAUCCUGCAAAGAUAGGCAAAGGAACCUAAUGGAAAGUUUAGAAGACGAGGAAAAAAACAUUGAUCUGCUAAUUCUUUUUAUGGUUUCUUUACACAUUAUUUUGUGUCCCUAAGAAUAUGUUUUUGUUAAAUUAUGUUGUUUGAAAACUACAAAACUU